AUGGCAAUUCUCCGUGGUGUAGAAAUUGGACAGCAAACCGCCUCCCCUGCCCCUGGGUAUGACUCCGGGGCUCGGAGCACUGCGCACGGCCUAACCCAACUCCACCGCCCACCACCCCCUCAGCCCACCAACCCCAACGCGGGUCCCGUUCGCUCCCGGGGUCUUUUUCUCCGCGCUCCUAACCCCGACCUCACACCCCGAUGGAGCCCGCUGUUCGGCCUGAGCGCCACCCCGCUCAGUCCCCCGGCCGCCCUGCACUCCCGCAGUGCCCCGACCCCGCGUCCCGCACCCUCCCCACCGCCACCCCGCCGCUCCCGCCCGCGCCCCGCCCGCAGGCCCCGGGCCCGCUCCCCAACAUGGCGACGGGGACACGAGCGCGGCGGCGGGUGGGGCGGCUGCGGGCCCGGGCCGCACUCGGGCCGAGCAGCACGGCCGCCCGGCGCCAUCUUCGCGCGCCGGGCCCGGGCGGCGCCUCCUCCCCACGAAGCCAACCGGGCCCGGCCCGGGACGCCCGGCAGGCCCACCCCUUACGGGCCAGCGUCGCCGUCGCCUCACCUGAGCGCGGCCCCGGCCCUCCCGGGCGGGCCUCGCAGCGCCGGCCCGGGCCGUGCGUGCCCACCGCCCUCGGCACGUCUGUCCACCCGUCCUCGCGUGUGCCCGUCUGUCCGGCCGUCGGCGCCCGGCCGCCCGCAGCCCGACCCGGCAGGGCCUCAGGGAGCCGUUCCCUACUCUGUCCCACCACCACCUUAG